GUGUGCCUGUCUUGUUAGCAACGGAGAGCUGCAUUGCCCGAAGACCGUGCAUCAGCCAAUGGAACUUGCCAAUUAGGGGCUCUGAUACAAUUUUCUACUUCAAGUUCCUCUCUCCCUCAACCCUAGCUUGGGUACAGAUAUCUACCACCGCCAACUACCGUCGGCAGAAGAUUAGCUCUGAAGAUGCCAUCAACAAAGGACAAAGAGUGGAGUUAUAGUAUUCGAGUCGGUGUCCUGACGCUAUGGGACCGGGUCGAAUGACGACCAAAGAGAUAUGGAAGAAGUAUGGCAUGCCUCGGCGCACUUUCAACGCGAUCCACAACAAAGCUCUAGCCCAAGGAUGGGGGCCAGGUCAACCAGUACUAAUAACUCAUGUCGAAGACGGGGCUCGCUCCGGCCGCCCGAAGAAAAGGUGACGGCUCUAGCGGGCCCCUCGGAGGUGUGGAUGGUAUCAGCCCUAGUACCUAGCCAUAAAGGGCGUAGAGACAAACUCCACC